CCUUUAGAUAAAAUUGAAUGGAAAUUUCCAGUAUUGUUAGAAGGCAAAAAAUCCGAAGUGAGUAAGGCUGAACCUGCGGUUGCUUUUCUAACGCUUAUCUGAUAUUUUCGUGAAAACUCUGCACAGCAGCUCAUUGUCACUUGAUCUCCUGGCUGAUACUCUUCUCACCACUUACUACAAUCUUACUGCUCUGUUCUACAUCUACUACAACCAUGGCACCCCAGCAGCAGAUCAGCCUUCCUGCUAAACUGAUUAACGGUGGUAUUGCUGGCAUUGUGGGAGUCACCUGUGUAUUUCCCAUUGACCUGGUAAAGACCAGGCUACAGAAUCAGAGGCAAGGCCAGCAGGUCUACAAAAACAUGAUGGACUGCCUUGUCAAAACCGUUCGAUCAGAAGGAUUUUUUGGGAUGUAUAGAGGCGCUGCUGUCAAUCUGACCUUGGUCACCCCUGAGAAGGCCAUCAAACUAGCCGCAAAUGACUUCUUCCGGCAGCAUCUCAACAAAAAUGGGAAGGGCUUGACCGUGUUUAAGGAGAUGUUGGCUGGUUGCGGGGCCGGCAUGUGUCAGGUUAUCAUUACAACUCCUAUGGAAAUGCUCAAGAUUCAACUUCAGGACGCAGGAAGGCUAGCAGCUCAGCAGAGAAAGCCAGCCAUAAUGUCCACUACAAAGCUUGUAGCCGCCAACACAGUGCUGAGCAGGUCCUACAAUGUGGGGCCCAGCUCUGCCGUCAGGGCGGUGUCUGCCACCCAGAUAGCCCGAGAGCUCCUGCACACAAAGGGCAUCCAGGGUCUUUAUAAAGGCCUUGGGGCCACCCUUAUGAGGGACGUUCCCUUCUCUGUGGUUUACUUCCCAUUGUUUGCCCACCUAAACCGGCUGGGCCAGCCCUCUCAAGACGAAGCGGCUCCCUUCUACUGGGCUUUCCUUUCUGGCUGCCUGGCCGGCUCCACCGCCGCCGUGGCUGUCAACCCCUGUGAUGUUGUGAAAACAAGACUGCAGUCUCUAAAUAAAGGUGUGACUGAGGAGAGCUACAACGGUGUGGUUGACUGCGUCAGGAAGAUAAUGCAUAAGGAGGGACCCUCAGCCUUCCUGAAGGGAGCAGGCUGCAGGGCGUUGGUCAUCGCCCCUCUCUUCGGCAUCGCACAAGUUAUGUACUUCAUCGGCAUUGGAGAGUUCAUAUUGGACCAGUCACCACUCAACUACCUGUUUGUGUGAGAUGGGGGGCACCGUCUGGCUGUUUGUGGGAGUCUCUCACACCGGAUGCAUAUCCGCAAAGACAAGACUGGCAGCUAUACAGCAUCAGUAGGUUACCACAAGAGAAGAAAAAAAAAAAA